UUAUGUGUUGGACUUUGUUUAUAAAUUACAGCCUCUUUUCUUUACCUUUUGCCUUCUAUCCAUUCCAUCCUUUCUUUGUAGCUUUUCAGAAAUUGAAACUUGAGCCAGUUUCUUUUAUUAUAUAUGUAUAUCUCUUAGUGAUCUGUUUAUGUUCCUGGAGCUUUUGGGUUAUUUAAUUGAUUUCUAAUGUAUUUAAUGUUUCCUCUCCCCAACUGUGAAUUUAUGAUGGUCUGCUGUAUUUAGGAUGUAAGAAGAACUGAACAAGGAUUAAUCCCUGUUCUGCUGACUCAGAGUAGAUAUAAACAGUGAACAUUGAAUAGAGGUGAAGUAAAACUGAGGUGUGGAUCAGUGGAUGAAAGUUUGUAGCUCACAUUAUCACUUGACUCUUAAUCAGAGAUUCAUAGGAGCGUGGGUUUGGAGUUGGUGGCCUGGUGGGUCUCUCCAUACUGGUUUUUUAUUUGUGGACCCAACACUCACCAUCAACUUCAGUCAUCAUCUCAAGCCCCACAUCAUCUCCCAAGCAAUCAAAAGCAUCCCCAGCCCCUUGUACAUUUCAGUUAAGAUCUCCCUGUUUGGCAGUUCUUAGAGCUUUUGAUAUCCAUUGAUCAAAUCGAGGUCUUCUUCUCUUGGAUUUAAUUAUCAAGCACAACAUAGUAUAAUCUUUUAUUAAUUCUUCUCCUUUUGCGUGUGUCGUUUGGUUUCUCCAGAAAUAAGAAACAAUGAAGCUCCAGUAAAAUUCAGACUUCAGACCGGGUGAGGGUGUCAUAUUUAAUGCUAGAUAGGCUGGCCGGGAACCUGGGUUGAUUUCUUCCCCUUCUUUCAUUUCUCUCUCCUUGGUUUCUUCUCUUGAAAACUGCAAAAACAAGGAAAGACAGUUCAUAGGAAAACAGAUAACCCAUUGAUGUAUACCUUCAGUCUCUCCAUAUUCUCUUAAGACAGAAAGCAAUCCCCAUAUUCUCUAACACAGAAAGCCAGACUCAAGGACCCAUCUCUCCAAAACCUUCAGAUCCCUCUCACAGUCUCACCUCUCCUCUCUCUCUCUCUCUCUCUGGUACUAUUUUAGUGUAUCGGAAGUAUCCAUCUCUGAAUUCCCAUUUUCUCCAUCUGGGUUCUCGUCUACAAUGAGAGAUAUAGCAUCUUGUUUGGGCGAAUACGCCAUAAAAGUAAAUGAUCCUUCUUGUGCGGGCACUUCAACGCAUGGUUGUCGUCCUCCAACAUCAUUGAUUCCUUCAAUCCAGAAUGCAGUCACCUGUGUCUACAAAGUAAAGCUCUCCACCCAGAAGCAAAUCCUGAUCACAAUAACCUGGUCUAAGAAUUUCAUGGGUCAAGGCUUCAGCAUCAACUGCGGCGACGACCCAUCUUCUGCACUCAAAGUCAACACCAAUUCACGGUUAUUCAGGAAAAAGAAAGGCAGCCGGAUAUUGGAAUCUGAUAAUUCUAAGAUUGAAGUCUUCUGGGAUCUCUCCACAGCUAAGUAUGACUCUGGUCCUGAACCAGUUGACGGAUUCUAUAUUGUGGUCCUGGCUGACUCCGAGCUUGGACUGGUCCUUGGAGACAUGGGUGAAGAAGUGGUCUGCAAGAAGUUCAAGGCUGUUCUCUCGGUUGCCCAAUUCUCUUUGAUCUCCCGAACAGAGCAUUUCUCAGGGAAUCCUUUGUAUUCAACCAAGGCGCAAUUCUGCAAUACUGGGACGGCCCACGAAAUUUUGAUCAGAUGCAGUGGAGAAGACGAAGGGUUGAAGUAUCCAGUGCUAUCAGUCUGUAUCGAUAAGAGGAAGGUAAUUCGAGUGAAGAGGUUGCAGUGGAAUUUCAGAGGGAACCAGACCAUCUUUGUUGAUGGGUUGCUGGUUGAUAUGAUGUGGGAUGUUCAUGACUGGUUCUUCAACCCAGACUCUGGAUAUGCUGUUUUCAUGUUUAGGACAAGAAGCGGGUUGGACAGCCGGUUGUGGUUGGAGGAGAAGACAGCGCAGAAGGACCAAGAGAGAGUUGAGUUUUCUUUGUUGAUCUAUGCCUGUAAGAACCCAUAAAGAAAUUUCUUGUUUCCAUUUUUUUUCAAUUUUAUUUUCUCUCUCUUUCAAUUCUCUUUCUUCUGGGGAGAAUGAAUGUAGUUAUUCAUUUGAUGAUGAUUAUAGGAAAGAAAAAAACAGAAAAUACUUGGCAAUGACAUUCUGGUUUUU